CUUUACUUCAAGGCGUGGCGUCCUAAAAAUAUUUUCAACAAUCGUAGCCUUUUGAGUUGACCUACAUUCAUUCAAACGCUAAAUGUUUGCGCAUUGCCCUCGCUACUUAGUCUCUUGCUCUGCAUAUAGCGUCCCCUGCUGCAUUUGUUGACAAGUACAGCGGCGUGACCGGGCGGAAGGCCCCGCCGCCGGACAUUGUCCAGCACUGACCCAGUGGCCGUCGCCAACAAAGGCGGCCAGGCGGGCCGUGACGCCUAUAUGUCCACGGUGGCCGGCGACGUUGCUCAGAGAUGCUCGGCUACACGAGCGGUCGGUGGCCAGUGAUCGUCGCUCAUGGAAGGCUGCUGCUGUUGCUGCUGCUUGCGGUCCCUUGCCCGCCCACCGUAGGACAGCCUCGCUUAUCCGGCCUGGAGCGGGUGCUGCUCCGGCGGGGCGGCAAUCUGACGGGUCUGCUGGCGCUGCUGGCACCGCUGGCCGCGCUGCCGCUGAUCGCCGGCACGGCGCUGCCGCUCAGCAUGGCGCCCCUGCUGGCGCCCGCAAUGAGCACGGUGCUGGGACGACGCCGGCGGCGCGACCUGCUCGCCACAUUCAUCGGGAACAACAAGGAGCAGACGCAGCAGCAGGACGAGGUACUCGCGGGCUACCUGCAGUGCAGCGGCAUGCUGGCCGCCGACAACCAUUGCCUCGAGCGGCUCGCGUGCCAGUUCUCGGCCGACGCGCUGCGCGGACCGCUCCACAAGGAUGUCGCCUCGCUGGUCAUCUACACCCUCCUCAGAAACCGAUUCAUCCCGGAACGCUUCAAGCAGCGGCUGCGCUUGGCGGCCCACCAGGCGCGCUCUUCUUCGCCCACGGACUGCCUGCGACGCUUUCCCUGCACCCAGCGCCAACGAGCGCCGAUACCACCAUGACU